UCUCAUCGUUCAACCCAAAACAUUCUAAUCUGUCAACAACUUGUGAAUGUUGUGAGUAAGACGAGUUAUCCUGUACCGAACCUUCUCCUUCUCAUAAGAAGGACAAGAGGCAUGGCGGGGUGGACGGGUAAACGUGUUAAUGUGUCGUACUCUAGGCCAGAGGAGCCAGCCUUCCUCAAGAGGUUCAAGGAGCAGGUCGGCUACAAGGAGGACAAUGGCUUACAGGAAAAGUUUGCGGUGAUGCCAGCAGCCACAGAUGAAGACCUCGAAGACCAAGAUGAUGAUAUGCCACAGGUAGUGAGUUUACGUUCAAAUGACUUGACGCAAGAGGAGUGUGACAAGUUGCGAGCGGAAGGGAAGCUGGACGAUCUCUUACGAGGGAACUGCGAGAAGGUCAACGUUUCCAAAGAGGAAGAUGAAGAGCCGCCUCCUGAUGGCAGAAUCUUGUUCCGUAAGCCAACAAAACGUAGCGGAGAAGACAAAGAUGGAAAAACAGACCCCAAGAAGUUGAAAGGAGAUGAAAAAGAAAAGAAAUCUAAAAAGGACAAGAAGAAAGAUUUACAGAAAAAGAAACUUUUAUCAUUUAAUGAAGAUGAGGAAGAGGAGGAGAAUUGAUUGUAUAUUUGUUUGAUUUUCUGUUUUAUAAUAAAAUUAUCUUAUUUGUA